CUAUCAUAUUUAGAAGCAUAUCCUAGUAUAGAAUUGAAGAAAGAAGUUCUUUGUAUCAAUGGAAGGUGGGAAGGGAAGGGUAUGUGUUACAGGAGGUACGGGAUUCAUUGCUUCAGUUAUCAUCAAGAGACUCCUUCAUGAAGGUUACUCUGUUAAUACUACCGUUAGAUCAAGUUCAGCUAAUAGCAAGAAAGAUGUUACCUUCCUCACAAAUCUACCUGGUGCACCUCAAAGGCUACAAAUUUUCAAUGCUGACCUCAACAAUCCAGAGAGUUUCAAUGCAGCAAUUGAAGGAUGCAUUGGGGUGUUCCACACAGCAACCCCUAGCCCAACAACUGAUAAUAAUUAUUCUUCCCAAUCAAAUCAAACCCAAGAAUCAAUAAUCAAAACAAAUGUUGAUGGUGUCUUAGGAAUCCUGAAAUCAUGUUUGAAUUCUAAGACUGUUAAAAGAGUUGUUUAUACCUCAAGUGGCUCUGCUGUGAUCCAUAAUAACCGCACAAGGGAGCAUGAAAUAAUGGAUGAGAGUUAUUGGAGUGAUGUUGAUUUUCUUCGUGACACAAAGCCAUUUCUAUGGUUUAACAGUGUUUCAAAGACACUGGCAGAGAAGGCAGCACUUGAAUUUGGAGAACAACAUGGGUUAGAAGUUGUGUCUUUGAUCCCUCCUUUGGUUCUUGGACCCUUCAUUUGUUCUAAACUCCCUGAUUCUGUUCACAUCUCUCUGGCUCUUUUAUUUGGCCGUGAUAACCUGGAUCAACUUGGUGCUCUUCUUCGUUUCCCUAUAGCACAUGUAGAUGACUUGGCAAGGGCACACAUUUUUCUGCUUCAACAUCAAAAUCCAAAAGGGAGAUACAAUUGCUCACCAUGCAGUGUAACUCUAGAAGAGAUAGCUGAAAUUAUUCGUUCAAAGCACCCUGAAUUUAAAAUACCUUCACCAGAGUCUAUAAAGAAAAUUAAGGGUGAGAAUGUACCACAUUUGAACUCACAGAAAUUAAUUGACGCUGGAUUUGAGUUCAAGUAUGGGACAGAGGAAACAUUUGAGGAAGCCAUUCAGUGCUGCAAGGAAAAGGGUUAUCUUAACUCUUAAGUACUACGGAAUUAAUUAAAAAAAUAAUAAUUAAGGGUGUGGCUUGUAAGAUGAUUAUUAGUUGAUUGAAGAAAAACAAAUGAAACUAAAUUCCAAUACUAGGAAGAAAUUAAAUAAAUUGUCUCUAAUGUCUUCUUAUUCUAUGACAAUAACACUACAACAUUUUUUAUCUACAA